AUGUUGGAUCUGGAGGCGUCGGAUCUCACUGAGAGGGCGAUUUCGGGAUCAUUGAUGCAGGAAUACGACCAGAUCUACUACCCCGUGAUGUUUGCGAGCCGCACUCUGAAGUCGAAUGAGCUAAAUUAUGGCAUCGCGGAGAAAGAGGUAUUAGCCCUUCUGAGGUUCCUGAAUCUUAACUAUAAUACGCUGGUUGGGCGUCUGAUCCGUGUAUUGACCCGACACUCUACUUUGGCGUGGCUCUUCAGAUCCAAAGCAUUACAGGGACGUUUAGGUCGGUGGGCUGCUGUACGGUCGCCAUGGACUCUCGAGAUCACCAAGAAAGGUGAGAUCCAGGGAGCAUUGGCGUCGUGCAUUACGCCUAGAUCACAGAAGGAGCCACGGCGCAAGAUCCAGGCUCCGAUCCCCACUAUUAGACGCGACGAGAAUUUGUACGUCGUCCGUUUCGGUGGAUCUGCCCGUGUAAAGAGAGGUGGAGGCGCCUACAUCGCGAUCCUGUGGAAAUUGCCUGAAUGGAGAGUACAAAAGGGGAGAUCUGGCUACGCUGAAGGUCUAACAAUGAACGAAGCCGAAUAUCAUGGACUGUUGUUGUGUUUGGAUCUGAUGGAAGAUCUGGAUCCACGACGUCUAGUGAUCUGUGGGGACUCGAACCUGGUGAUCCGACAAGUACGAGGUGAGAUCGAUUGUAAGGCACCGGGUUUGACACUGCUGCGCCAGCAGGCUCUGGAUCGACUACGUACUUGGCCAGAUCACGAGCUGUUACAUGUUAAACGAGAUUGGAACGGGAGUGCGGACAGCUUAGCAAGCGCCGUUCUGCAGCGUCAAUGUGAGAUUGAGGUCGAGUCUGAAAAGGAGAUCCAGGAUCUAGUAACCUUGAAUGGAUUGGAUGAGAUCCUGAUAGUGAAGAUCGAAGACGAGAUCGCGCAGAUAUCUGCCGUUAGAUCUGGAGUGCGUAUUGGAUCUGAUCCAGAUUUACUACGGGAGAAAGUUGUGAGAGAGCUGAGGAUCGAGCGGAUCUGGCAAGCACAAGAUGAAGAGUCGUGGAUCUUGGGUCUGAAGAAAUACUUGGUUGGAGAGAUCCGGGAUCUGACACAAGAGGAUGCUACGUUGUUUGGAUCAAUUGCCAUGAAUUACGAAGUGGAUCAAUCUGAUCUACCCUUCUACUGCCCGACGACUAAGGAGGCAGCUGCGGAUCGAGACAAGUUGAUGCGAUUGUUAAUACCUGAGACGCUUCAACAGGACAUUUUGCACCACUAUCACACGAGCCUGCAGGGUGGCCAUCAAGAAAUUGGUCGGGCCUAUGAUCGGAUCCGCGAUCGCAUCUACUGGAGAGGGCUGUAUAAGAGCGUACACCGUUAUAUGGGAGAAUGUGUCGAUCUUGGGUCAACGUCAACGCGCUGCUAUCGACCCAAAGCUAAUGGAUCCGCAGAGUGUAUAGUCCAGAUGGCCACCAGGGCCCUUAAGAUGUAUCUGGAGGAUCUGGAUCAACGUGAUUAG